CCACCGGGGGAAAUGGAGGGGUGCCGAAAGCGGCGUUAAGACGUGGAUCCUGGCAUUUCUCUUUUGUCGAGGACAGCCGUAGAGAUGCCACAACGUCGAAGAAGCUGCUGCCUCGCUCCUCCAAGCAAGUAGCUCCUUUCUUGGUCCUGCCUUCCCCGUUGCACGGUCUCAGAUAGAGAGACCGGCAUUCUUCCUCCGUGCGCUCCACUUGCAGUCUCGGCACGGGCUGAGGCCGUCUCUCAAGUACAGGAGGCUGCGAGUCAGGUGCACAUGGGUUGGGUCGAAAGUCCCUAGCGGUGUUGCGAUGGCGACAAAAUGGUACCCACGGACUGUCUCUCGAGGUGGCCAAUCCCAGUGUUCCACGAUUCUGUCAGCUGUCCGCCACUUCCGGCUCGUCGUCAUCGAGCACUCACUAACGCGACCGUGAUGACGACAGGUGGGGCGGGCUGCAGUCUUCCCAAUCGCGACGUAUAAGAGAAGGGCGAUAGAUGGACGGAUGGAGGGAUCGACGGAGAUCGAGAGAGAGAGAGAGAGGUAAGUGAUGGCGUUGGAGUGGGAGUGGAACUCGAUAUGGCAGUUGUUUGCGACGCUGGUGUUCCUCCGGACGGCGUACAGGGACUUCCUUCCCCCGGAGCUCCACCACUUCGUCGGCUUCCUCCUCCGUGGCCUCGUGACCCGCUUCAACGCCGACAUCAAGAUCAUCGUCGAUGAGUACGACGGCUCCUGCAGCAAUGAACUCUACAGCGCCGCCCAGGCUUACCUCGGCAGCCACUGCCUCGACGACGCCCGCGUCGUCCGUCUCUCCAAGCGCCACGACUGCCCCCUCCCCACCGCCUCCCUCCCCUCCUACCACACCACCCACGACUCCUUCCAAGGCAUUCCCCUCCAGUGGAGCUCCGUCGUGGAGCGCGCCUCUGCGUCCUCCUCUUCCCCCUUCCGCAGCAGCUCCCUCUCUUCGGACCACCGCUACCUCGAGCUCUCCUUCCACAGCCGCCACCGCGAGGCCGUCCGCUCCCAGUACAUCCCCCACGUCCUCGCGGAGGCCGAGCGCAUCCGCCUCCGGGCCCGGGAGCGCCGCCUCUACACCAACCGCUCUGUCGUCUUCGGCGACGACCACCGUAACCCCUGGUCCCCCGCGCCCUUCUCCCACCCCUCCACCUUCGACACCCUCGCCAUCGACCCGGUUCUCCGCGACGAGAUCCGCGACGACCUUCUCCGGUUCGUCAGCCGCCGGAACUAUUACUCCCGCGUCGGCCGCGCCUGGAAGCGGGGCUACUUCCUCUACGGUCCGCCCGGGACGGGCAAGACCAGCCUCGUCGCCGCCAUCGCCAACCUGCUCGAGUUCGACGUGUACGACCUAGAGCUCACCGCCGUCCACUCCAACACCGCCCUCCGCCGCCUCCUCGUCUCCACCAACCCCAAGUCCGUCGUCGUCAUCGAGGACGUCGACUGCUCCCUCGACCUCAGUGACCGGAAGAAGAAGAAGAAGAAGAAGUCCAAGCCCGAUUCGGAGACCGACGAGCGAGAGAUGGACCCCUCGGAAGGCGGGGUCGGCAGUUGGACGUCGUCGGUGAACCUCUCCGGCGUGCUAAACUUCGUGGACGGCCUGUGGUCGUCAUGCGUGGGGGAGCGGCUCAUGAUCUUCACCACCAACCACCCGGAGCGGCUCGACCCAGCCCUGCUCCGGCCGGGCCGGAUGGACCGGAAGAUCCACCUCUCCUACUGCUGCCCGGCAGCCUUCCGGAUGCUGGCAAGCAACUACCUGGAGAUCGGGGAGGAGCACGAGCUGAUGGCGGAGGCGGAGGCGCUGCUAGGGGAGGUCGACAUGACCCCCGCGGAGAUCGCGGAGGUGUUCAUGCGGUGCGACGGGGAGGGGAAGGGCGCGGACGCAGCGAUGGAGAAGGUGAUAGGGGAGAUGCGGCGGCGGCGGAAGGCGGCGGCGGCUUCUCCUCCGGAGCGCGGGCCCGCUGCGUUGGGUAUGGAGAAUGGGUUCCUUAUCGGAUGCGACGACGAUGCGCACUAGUUUGACCGUGAAAUUUGGUCAAAAGAAAUCUACUGGCCCGCUAUGACCGUAUUGAGUCGGCUCAAAAGUACUCCCGUCGUGUUGGCCUGCUAUUAAUAGCUAUAUCAAUAAAAUCCGUGGAUGCUAAGUUUCCUAUCA